UAUUAAACGUUUCUAUUCUUAUCUAAGAAAAUUAUAUAACGGUACUUUUUCGAGCAUAGACAGCAUUGCAAUUUGAAUACAGUAUAGAUAGUGUAUUUAUAGAAUUUCUCGAUCGAAUGUUUGCAAUUUUUACAUUUUAUUAUGAAUAUAUACAUGUGAUUCGAAGAACAUAUAUCUAUCUACAAUCUGACAUUUUAUAACAGUAAUAGAGUAGUAUAACGCGAGUUUCUUCACUUUUCAUUGUUUUCUCUUUAUUCUUCCGUUCGUUUUUUUGCACGUUAUCUACUCUGUUCAUCAGACUCGCAAGAUUUCAUCCACGUGAACGGAAAAGGUUUUGAGACUCUUUAUUUCUUUCUUACCAAAGAGAAUGCGUAGUUCGAUAUCGAGAAAGAAGAGAAAAAAAAUGAAAAAAGGAAACAAAUAAAAUCUUACUGCUCGAGAUUAACGUAAUAUCCGUUCUCGCGAAAGUGGCCCUCCCUCUUUUAAAGAUCUUGGUGGUCUCACCAAAUGGUUAUCCUUCGUCGUUGAGGAACAUCGUGAUUGGUUCGCGUGGGGGCUAAGUGCAUCGACGAAAAAAGGAAAGGAUCGCCUGGAGGCUUUGUAAUUUUCGAUCGUCCACCGAAAAUUUGCUGACCAGGGAAGAAGCAUGGAUGGAGAACGGAGAAUGGGGAGGUUCGAGGAACAGCCAUAUUGCGUUUCGAUCUUCGUUGCAGAUGGAAGAUGGAUAGCGAAUGAGAUUCAUCGUCAGAAAGACGACUAGUCCGGAAGAUGGGUAACAACGGUAGUUCCCAUCAACAGUGUCCCUCGAAUGGGCUAUCUCAAGAGAUGGCUCGAGGAUGGACUCAAUCCUUCCCUCGGGAACUGACGAGACACCACUCACAACCUCCUGGACACAAGGUCCUCCCAGAACCACCCAACCAAAGGCUCCGUGCUACCAAUAAUGGUAGCAUUAUCCACAACGGCGGGACCAUAAGUGGACGCAGACCUUCGGCGCUGACGUUGCCACACGAUCUUAAUAAGCAAGGGGUCUUUCGUAGUAGAAGUACUUCGGCGUCGAACAUCGGCAUAUCUAGAUCACGCAAGUCCGAUCAUCACUGUUGUCAUUAUCAAAGUGAUUCUCAUUGCAUGGAAAAUGAAAUGCAAGAAUUGAAAAGAUUUGGUAGCGAGCCAGACUUGAGGUAUUCUCCAACGGAACGCUCCAAUCCGACAAGUAGGCAACGACACGGUUUAGAACGUCGCCAUUGUACUGGUUAUUAUCCCGAAAGAGAUUCUAAAGAACGAGAAAGUCGAUAUAAAGGCAAGAAGAAGUACAAAGCACCAGCACCACCUGGUAAUGUCAUGGCUGACGGUUCCUCACCCGAUUCAUACAAGUGGGAACUUGGCCAGGAUGGUCGUUGUAAACACGAGGAAGAAGUUCAGCCGCCACCCAGGAGGUCACGGCUUUUUAAAACUAGAGCGGAAACGAAGAAGGCACAGAUCAAUUGGAUGUCCAACUCGUCUACCCAAUCCCAUCAAGAACGUAACGAGGCAGCCCUCGAGAACGAAAGAAGAUGGACGAACGAACACGAGAAUAAAAGGCCAUCCUGGCGGGAACAGGAUCAACAACAGCAGCCACAAAAGUCGCAGCAGCAGCAACUGCAGCAACAAGAUCGAUGGUGCAGGGACGAGUUGAGACGUUCGAAAAGAUUCGAUGGCAAAAACACGCUUCAAAGGAGUAUGAGCAGUCCUGAGUUCCAGGCGGAACUGAUGCAAGUAGCUAAGAAAGUGAGGAAUAAGUUGAACUGUGGCAGGAAGUCGACCGGUCAACAUGAUUUCUCCAACGUCGCGUCCUUAGAGCGCAAGAAUGUGGAGCUUUCAAAGACCACGAAAGAAAAGUUGAUCAAGGAGGAGCAGAAAAAAACGGAAAAAAGAAACCCCAAGACAACGACUAUCGAGGAACGAACUGUCGAAGAUAGAAUCAUUUCACGCAUGAAUGAGGAGAGGAGACUUAUAGCGGAGAAAUGUAGCCGAGUGGAAAACAAGACAACCUCGUGCGAGGAUCGUAGGAAUGAUGCCUGGAGGACGAACAAGGAUUGCUCGAAGGAACGAGAAGAUAAUGGAUUAGUUAAUAAGAAGAGAAGCGUCGAAAAGUCAACCAAUUUCGAAGACGAACCUACGAAACAAGGCAAAAAGUCAUUAAAAGACAGGCUCGAUACGCUUGGACGUUCUAUAGAAGAAAGAUUUUCGGACAAGCAGAGAAGAGAUUUGGAGGAUUAUCGCAAAUCGAGCGAUUUAUCGAAGAAUCGAAAAUUUGAGGACGUCGUCGAUAUUGGGAGGACUAGGUCGGAAAGUCCAAUUAGACAUCGCAACAGAGAUAAAUUUGAUGUUCGAGGACAAGGAUCUGGUAGAGAAAGUACACCGGAACCACAGGAACAUAAAAGAGGAGAUCAAGAAAAUUCAGAUCCCAAGUGGUGUAAAAGAGAUACGAAAACGAACGACUCUAAGAACAUCGAAAAAAGAUGGUCUGAUGCCGAAGUGGUGAUAGAAAAAAUUGAUCCAAAUGCCAAAGAUAAGCUCAUGAAAAUAUCGGACACGAAGGAACCAGUCGAAAACUGGCACAUAUUACCGCGUACAGAAAAAUCAACUCCAAAGACCUUCUAUUUUGGCAUGGGCGAGGCCUUAUCCAAAGAAUCGCGAAAUAGCGUGGACCAACAAAUGCACCACAUCCAAUCGAGACUACAGGUUAGAGAAAUCAACAAGUCGAACGAAUACUCGAUGGACGACCGCGACGAAAUAAAAAGCGGACCAGAAGAUAUUUCGCUAAAACUUCGACCCACUCUUCCGAAAAAGCAAUUAGAAAUACCGAGAUUUUCUCCUUCGGCAGCAUGGAGAUUAUUAUCCGCGUUAGAAGCGCCCGGUCCAACGAUGAGUACCGCUAGCGAAGAAAUUCCUGUCAUGUUCGAAGAAAAGAUCGAACGUUUGUCGAGGCCACCCCCACCAUUGAUUGCUUUGGGGCCUCGAAGUUCGCACGAUAAAUCAGGGGAUUCGGGUAUAUCCGGGGACGCUGGAGCUGGCAACGACGAUUCUCUAGACGUUAGCACGAUGAACAGAAUAAAAACAUCGGCAACGAGACCCGCGUGGACUCCUCAACAAGAUCUAGGCGAAGAAUCGAGCAGCGAUGCUGGCGUAGAUUCUCCACCUCCGAUUCCGACGCCAAUGAAAUUUACACCGAAAGCUCAUGUCUUCUCUCUCUCCUUGCCACGCGACGACAAUAGGAUGUAUCUUUAUAAUCCCGAAACUAAGGGUAAAGAAGGAUCCGCGUUCAAUUCGCUGCAAAAGUUAAAGAGAACGAUGUCAGGAGCGUUCGGUCUCGGUCCGUUAGAUUUAGAAAAGAAACGUGUAGGCGACGUGCUCGAUGACAAUUGGCUACUGUCCAGUAGUGCACCAACCUCCUUGCAACUCAAUCAAAUUACGGACGUAACUCGAUCCUCGCCUUCUGGAUGGAAACAAGACUUCGACGACGAAGACAUCGAUGGCGACGACGAUGACGACGACGACGAUGACGAUGACGACGACGACGACGACGACGAUCAAGAAGAUUCCGAAAAUAGAAACGACUUCCCUGUGAUCAUGAAACCUCCGUCUUUUUCUUAUUUAGCUUCCGGUGGUCAUGUCAUGUAUCUACCGGAAGCCAAUGAUACUAUUUACCAAGCACAAAAUUUGAAUUAUAAGAGCAAUGGACCUUUGAAAAAUCAUCAUUUCGCUAAUUCCGCGUCGAAGUAUAAGAAGAAUAUCGUUGAUGAUCAGAAAAAGUCUUCCGCGAUCGAGGACAAAUCACGAAAGUUGAAACAUUUAAGAUCCUAUGGGGAGAGGUCUUCUUUCGCUGAGAAAAGUAUGAAUUCGCAUAAUAGAUUUUCAAAUUUUUCAAAGUCCUGCGAAAAUGUAUCUGAGAUGAAACAGAGAAGCACCUCGCCUAACAUUGAACAAUCACAGAAUGUGCAAGACAAUAAAGAAUCUUCUUCCGAAAUCAAAGCACCAGCUAAAAAUAUUUCUAAAGGUAAACGUUUCACGUUUCAAUCAACUGUUAGGCAAAUCGAGAGACGUAGGUUAGCCGAGAAAUUAUCUCGCGAAGCUGAAGCUAAGGAGCAUCAGAGAAAAGGAGAGCUCGAAGCUAUGAGGAAAGUCGAGGAAGAAUUUCAACGGAAACGGGCAAGAGAGAAAGCGAAUAUUAGACAGCAGCUUCGAUUAUAUAAUAUGGACGAACAUCUCAGUAGUUUGCCUUCGGCUUGGGACACGUCACAAUUGUCUCGAGCUGAUCCCGAUGGUGCACCGUCAUCGUCAGCCUCGUCACCAACAUCUGCUCCACUCGGAACCCUAACGGCGAAUCGUAAGAAUAGUGUUAGCAGUGACGAGCAUCAUAGAAAAAGAGCAACUAGUUCUGAAUCAAGACAACAACCGCAAAGAGAAUACAAAGAUUAUCGGCCGAAAUAUUACGCUUGGACACCGGAAAAUUCAUCUCAUUUAGAGUACAAACAGACCACCGUACAUCCAAAAGUCAUUUGCGAUAUUCCCAAAAGUUCUGCAGUCUUUGUCGAUGCAAAUACCCACGGUGGCAAAGCUACGAAUCUAAAUUCAACUCCUAGAUCUGAUAAUUACAGAAAGGAUUUCGCUCACGGCGCGGUUGCAGCGAGGUCAUCCUUAGCUAGCAGCGAUAGUGAAUUAUCGCAACCAAAUACCAGGCCACAUUCUAGGCAAACAGGAGGCAAAGGAAAACCUCUACGUUCUAGGUAUGUUCGAGCCAUAAGUAACAAAAGUGAAAAGAGUGAGAAAACGUUAAAUAGGUCGGCUAGCCCAGAACGAAGCGAGGAAGCUGUCAGUUCGGAGGAUGAAAGUCCAGUGGAACCAAUCAAGCAAGAACGAAAUCCCAUUAAUGGCUUUACAAUAAACGGAGUUCAACCUUUCGUGAGGGAGAAGAGCUAUCGACCAAUUUCUUUUAACCCUCAACCACCCCAGCCCAUUCCAACUUUGAUAUGGACGAAUAACCGUUUGGGUGCAGCUUAUUACAACAUCGUAACGUCAGAAUUAUUUGUAAUGGAAGAUACUCACGAUGACACGGUUAAUUUUAAUAUUACAAAGACAAUUUUUAAACAGUGUCAACCACAUUAUAUUAUCACGAUACUUGGAAUAUCCGACGAUUUCCUUAAUUGUAUAAAAAAGCUCGUUAUGAUGGAUACGGCGGAGGAUAAUCAAAGUUCUAGUUCGAGCGAUCGAUCGAUUCAAACAAUUUUUAAAGCUUUACCGAAAAAAGAAAAUAGUUACGAAACUUGUUAUCACAGAGUUCGAUGCCUGAAACUCAAUUCGGAACCGAAAGAUGCCGACAAUUCUGAAAGAGUUACAUUUCUAAAUGCUUUGCUCGAUUUUAAAGCUCAUGCGAUGAUCCAUGCUUUAGGAUUACUCUUAAAAUUUAUCGAUAAACAUUGGAAUACCAUUACUCUAGAUCCUUCCGGCAAAGCAUCUUUUAUAUCCUUGAAUUGCAUUACUUUGGAAAAGCUUGUAAUGAUCGACGAUGACUCUUACAAAGCAUUAAAUAUCGUUCAAACAAAAUAUCAUCCAAGUUUCUUCAAGUUCGGUAAUGCGUCUACAAAAAUGCAAAGCGGUAGUUUAUUUGCACUGUUAAAUUGUUGUCAGUCAAGGCCAGGUGCACAAUUUUUAUGGAAAACAAUUCGACAUCCAACAAGAGACAUCGAAGUACUCAAUCAAAGAUUCGACGCGAUAGACUUUUUCUUGGAUCCAACAAAUCACAGUGUCGUUGAAAAUUUAACAACUUGUUUGAAAGAUAUUUAUCGUUUAACAAAUGCAAUACUUAGUCGUUAUUUGGGUCCACGAGCGAGAGCUUCGGAUUGGCAAAGAUUGCAUAAAACUGUUACUAACAUACUUUACAUCGCGUAUAUCUGCGAAAAUUAUGACGACAAGAUAGAAUUAUUCAAAAAAAUAGUGAACACCAUUACGGAUGAAAUGCAUUACGUGAAAUAUUUUAUUGAAUUAAUUGUUGAUUUUGAAGCAAGCAGACGUGAGAAUACAUUUGUUGUUAGAUCCGACGUUGAUCCUCAAUUAGACGAGCUACGCAAUCGAAAAUGCGCGUUACCUCAACUUUUAACAAAGAUGGGAGAAAAAGAUAUGCAAGAUAAUCUUCCUACAUCUGUUACAAGUUGUAAUAUGGUUUAUCUACCAAAUAUCGGUUACGUAUUGGCUAUAAAACAAUGGGAUCGUACUCCACCCGAGGCAAACGAUAUUCCUGGUUUAGAAUUUAAAUUUACGAUUAACGGUAUACAUUUCUAUAAGAGUCCUUGUGCUAGAGAAUUAGACAACAGCAUAGGAGAUAUUAUGUCGAAAAUAACGAAACGACAAAGUGAAAUUAUGUUAAAAUUGGUACGCUAUAUAAACAAACAUGCAAAUUCUAUAUUAGUUGCAAUACAACUGUGUGCAGAAUUAGAUACAUUGCUAUCCUUCUCACAAGUGGCACGGAAUCAUAAUUACGUGAGACCAAAUGUGGUCAUGUCGCAAGUUAUAGCUGUGAAACAAGGACGACAUCCUUUACAAGAAUUUCAUACCACAUAUGUACCGAAUGAUAUUUAUUCUGGACAAGGGAAAAGCCUUGUCAAAAUUAUAACCGGUCCGAACUCUUGCGGAAAGAGUAUAUAUCUUAAGCAGGUGGCACUUAUAGUGUUCAUGGCACAUAUCGGUUGUUUUGUACCUGCUAAAUCUGCGACCAUCGGUGUUAUGACUCAUAUAUUAACGCAAAUUGUUACUAUAGAUAGUAUUUCGUUAGAUGCGAGUGCAUUUUUGCAAAGUCUUCGACAGAUAAAUAUGGCCUUGUAUGCAUCGACUCCAAAUUCACUCAUAAUAAUCGACGAAUUUGGCAAAGGCACAUCAGAGAUAAAUGGUCUUUCAUUACUGACUGCCGUUCUAGAUAGCUUCGUGGAGAGAGCCAUUUAUUGUCCUCAUGUAUUCGCUGCAACUCAUAUUCAUCGCGUAACAGAAUUGUUGCCUGAAAAUCCUAUGAUUGAAGCCCAAACUUUUGAAUUCAUAACGAACGACGACGAGUCUCUUGCAUUUCUUUAUUGUUUAGUAGUUGGAAAUACUACUUGCAGUUUUGCACAUUCCGUAGCAAAAAGUGCUGGUCUUAACGAACAGCUUAUAAAGCGCAGCUUGGAGGUUUUUAAGAAUUUAAAACAGGGAACUCUUCCUUCGCGUAUACCCGAAGUUCAACGAAAAGAUACGGUAAAACAUAUCAUCGAAAAAGUAGUCGGUCCAGAUGUUGACUUUGAUUUAGAAGAACUCAAGUCGUGGGUACGCCAAGCGAUAUUACCAUCGUCGACCAAAUUUUAAUAAAUAAAAUACAGACAUUCCUAUUUUAUUUUGAUAGAAACAUAUAUUUAAUCAUUCGAAAUAAAAUGAUUUGGUUUUC